AUGAGCCCGGGGGAGGUAUUUGUGCAGCGGAAUGUUGGCAACCAGGCUAUGCACACCGACAUGAACUGCAUGUCGUGCCUCGAGUACAGCAUCAAAUCCCUCAAGGUGAAGACCAUUAUCGUCUGCGGCCACUACAACUGCGGCGCAGUGCGCGCCGCGCUGGAGCUGCCGUCGCGCACCCCCGGGCUGGUCAACUGCUGGAUUAGCGACAUACGUGAGGCGCGCAGCCAGGCGUCGCGCGAGCUGGCGGGGCUCAGCCGCGAGGAGGCGCUGAGGCGGCUGUGCGAGCUCAACGUGAUGAGACAGGUGUUCCACGUGUGCACCAGCCCCGUGGUUCAGGAGGCCUGGGCGGUUGGGCAGGAGGUGCACGUGUGGGGCGUGAUAUACGAUGUAGCAGACGGCCUCGUGCACCGCCUGGCGGGGCCCAUGAACGCCAGCAGCGACAUCGACUCGCUGAGGUACGAGAUGACGGCUGUGAUCGGGGAUGACGCGAAGAGCAAGAAGCGGCCCAGGGAGGAGGGCCACCCUGUCCAGGAGCACGCAGUCGCGCCGGUCGAUGCGGCGUGA